GGUUAUAUUUAGAAAAGUGGGGAGUGUUCCCGGGCGCCGCCUGUUACUCUGCGGAGUGGCGCGGCUGUACGCAAAGGAAGAAGCUUCAUUGUCGACGAAUGGGCGUCGGCAUUGAGGGGUCGGCCUGGGGCGGCCUGGUGGAGCUGCUCACAGUGGGGAGGAGCAUGGAGCCUUUUGACAGAGACUGGAAGGGAGGCCUAGACUGGCUGGAAUUGAUGUAAAUGUGGCCAUGCUUCAGGAAUCUCAAGUUUAUAAUAUGAUUACCAGGCAACAAUUCUGUUAUAAAAAUGUGCUUCUCCCAAAGUGGCAUGAUGUAUGGACACGGAUACAGAUCCGGGUAAAUAGUUCCAAACUGGUGCGAGUCACCCAGGUGGAGAAUGAGGAGAAACUGAAGGAGCUAGAGCAGUUUAGUAUCUGGAACUUUUUUUCCUCCUUUUUAAAAGAGAAAUUGAAUGACACCUAUGUUAAUGUGGGUCUAUACAGCACAAAAACCUGCCUCAAAGUUGAGAUUAUAGAGGAAGACACCCAGUACAGUGUCACUGUGACCCGCAGAUUUGACCCCAAACUCUUCCUCGUUUUCUUCCUUGGACUUAUGUUAUUUUUUUGUGGAGACUUGCUGAGCAGAAGCCAGAUCUUCUACUAUUCCACCGGCAUGAGUGUGGGAAUUGUGGCCUCUCUGCUAAUCAUCAUUUUCAUGCUAUCCAAGUUUAUGCCCAAGAAAAGUCCCAUUUAUAUCAUCCUGGUGGGAGGCUGGUCCUUUUCACUGUACCUCAUUCAACUAGUCUUUAAAAAUUUACAAGAGAUCUGGAAGUGUUACUGGCAGUAUCUUUUAAGCUAUAUCCUCACAGUUGGAUUCAUGAGUUUUGCAGUCUGUUACAAGUAUGGGCCUUUGGAGAAUGAGCGAAGUAUCAACCUGCUGACCUGGACUUUGCAGCUGAUGGGCCUGUGUUUAAUGUAUUCUAGUAUCCAGAUACCGCACAUUGCCCUUGCCAUUAUCAUCAUUGCGCUGUGUACUAAGAACCUGGAGUACCCUAUUCAGUGGCUGUACAUCACCUACAGAAAGAUGUGUAAGGCAACAGAAAAGACUGUCUCCCCUCGUCUCCUGACAGAAGAAGAGUAUCGGAUACAAGGAGAGGUGGAGACCCGAAAGGCUUUAGAGGAGCUUCGAGAAUAUUGUAACAGUCCAGACUGCUCUGCUUGGAAGACUAUUUCUCGAAUCCAGUCUCCAAAGAGAUUUGCUGACUUUGUGGAAGGCUCUUUUCACCUCACACCAAAUGAGGUUUCUGUUCAUGAGCAGGAGUAUGGAUUAGGAAGCAUUAUUGCCCAAGGUGAAAGCUAUGAAGAUACAUCCUCUGAGGAGGAGGACUCACAUUCUCAGUACCCUGCUAUAACAGAGAACAACUUCCGGACUUAGGUGGUUGUCAGUUAUUUUUAUGUGGACUGGCUUGGUACCUUGAUGGUCCAUGUUGCAUGUGUCGUGCAGUCGCUUCUCAACUCUUUGAAAAAGAGUGAGAUAGUGCAGAAAUUCUCCCACUGAAAUUAGAGGCCUGAGUAGGCCUCCCUCUGGAAAUGGUCUUAGUGGUCUCGGUGGGAUCCCUGAGGAAUGAGAGUGGAUAAAGUAGUGACUGCUUCCCGUUGGUUAAGCUAUCAGCUCACCUUUAUGUUUCCGAAGAAACUGGACGAGCACAGCUAACACAGCGUUCUAGCUCCUCUUUGAAAGUUGAUUCAGUUGUGGCAUUUUUGCCACUGUGGCUGGCACUCAGAAGUGAGAACUAUUAUAUGUGCAGUAGUGCUUUCCGACCAUAGGCUGCAUCUUCCAGAGAGAAAUCCACAAAUCUGAGCCUCCUUCACUUCUGCUUUUAUUUCAGUGACUAAAAUAAUCCUUGUUUUAAGAGGAAAAUAGAUUUUUAUUUUUGUCUUGUUUUUUUAAGUGAGUAUAUGUUUUAAAAUGUAAGAAAUUCAUGUUCCAGAACCAGCAAGCACUCCAGAGUGACAAGCCCUGCAGGCCCCUACAUAUUUAUUAAUAUGGAUUAUCCGCUAAAGUUCCAGAAGCUGUUGUGUUGAGCUUUGAAUUAGUUCUCACACAUAUGAUAUUCUGAGUCCUGCUUGCUUUUAGGAACAUGCCUGUAAAGCUCUUCUGUAAGGGAGGUCUGUUGGGCUUUUUAUUACAUUCAGCUUUCAAUUCCA